AUGGAAACCGAUUCGGAGCGCGUGGCUGACUUAGAGUCAAAGGAAAUGUCGACUACUACACCCGUUGAGCAAGAAAUGGUGCCAGAAGAAGGCACUAAAGCAUGGCUCUGUGUACUUGGAGGAUUCUUCUGCCAGUUUUGCUCAUUCGGAUUUCUCAAUGCGUGUGGUACUUUUCAAUUAUACUACGAGGAAGAGCUUCUUUCCGACUAUUCCAAGUCAACCAUUUCCUGGAUCAUCACAGUCCAGAUAUUUCUCAUGUUCUCUUUUGGCCUAAUCAUGGGGGUCCUGGUAGAUAUAGUGGGACCGCGCAAGUUGAUUUUCCCUGCGUCUCUCCUAGCUCUGCUCGGAAUAUUUAUGCUGAGCUUGAGCACAAAGUUUUACCAAAUUAUGCUUACGCAGGGGAUUGUAUAUGGCCUCGGGGCAUCUGGACUAUUUCUACCUCCCAUGGUUUGCGCUGGCCAAUGGUUCACAAAACGACGAGGACUAGCAGCAGGUAUCGUGGCUAGCGGAAGUAGCCUUGGGGGUGUGAUAUUCCCAAUUAUAGUGUCUCGUCUUAUCGAAAAGGUUGGAUUUCCAAAUGCUCUUCGCUGGAUUGGUCUUUUGAUGGCCGUCUGCCUCGUGAUCGCAACUCUUUGCGUUUCUGCGCCAUUUCCUCCAGGUCGUUCGAAGCGCAAGGCUGCUGGUCUUGAUGCAUUCAAAGAUCUUCCAUUCGUCGUAUUCUGCGCUGGGUGCUUCUUUAUGCUCUGGGGUCUAUUCUGUCCCAUCAACUAUCUCCCUUCAAUGGGUGUUUCCAUCGGAAUGUCAAAAGAUAUGGCAAUCUACACAAUCUCUAUCACUAAUGCUACCUCAAUCUUUGGUAGAAUUCUCCCAGGCUUUGUUGCUGACCGCGUUGGCCAUCUCAAUGUCAUGGUUUUCAUUGCAUUCUUAUCGGGGCUUUCAAUUCUCGCGUAUUGGCUGCCAGUCGCCUUUUACCCGUCUACUGGUGCUAUCAUCGGAUUUGCCGCUCUGUAUGGUCUAGCAAGUGGUGGAUUUGUCAGUUUAAUGACCCCCUCUGUGGUGGUGUUAUGCGACGGUAAAAUCGACCAGUUGGGCCCCAAGCUGGGUUCGUUCAUGUUCAUCAUCGCUAUUGCGGCUCUAACUGGAUUGCCAAUGCUUGGGGCACUCGCGGACUCUGACUGGAUUGGGUUCAAAGGCCUUAUUGCCUUUGCUGGUUCUGUCAUGACUUUCGGGGGAUUUCUUAUUCUUUUCACACGGAUAUUGAAAGGUGGCUUCCGUAUGGUUAAGGCAUAA